AUGGGAGAAGGCUUCCUUUGCGUCCUGAAGGGUGAGGAGGAUUUGAAUAGGACGGUGGCUUGUGUAAUGGCCUUCCAGGAGAAUGCCAGCCAUACCACCUCUAUGUGGUAUUUAGUCUUGGAUGUGAAAGAAUCUGACUGUUCAGUCCUAUCCAGGAAACACUGGGCUGACGGUGAGCCAAGCGUUUCUAUUCGUCCAUCUGAAAUCGUGAUUGGACAAUGUAAGGUAAUAGCUAUAACACUUUUGGAUGGGUCUCAGAAUCUUAGAGUGAAUGACUUUAACUGCACCACAAGUUCUGUCUCUUCGGCACUGGUCAAUACUAAAGACAGUCCAGUACUCUCAAAUUUCUUUGCGGAUACAGAGCUCUACAGAAAACAAGCUGACAACGCCCUGGAGAAGUACAAAAAGGAGAAUGGUGACUUUGCUUCUUUCAGAGUGGACAAAGUGAGGAGGGUUGCAAGAGUUAGAGGAGGGGAAAGAACCAAUUACUACCUGGACUUCUCUGUGAGGAACUGCUCCAGUCACCACUUUCCCAGGCACUCUCAUAUCUUUGGAUUCUGCAGAGCAGAUUUGUCCUAUGAUGUAGAAGACUCUGACUUGGAAACCCCAAAAGACAUUGUCAUAAACUGUGAAGUUUUCAAUCUUAAGGAACAUACAUCGUUCCUGGUGUGAAGUGGUGUGAAGCAGCGUUUGGGCCAUGCCCUCCACUCUGUCACCAUCCCCAUGGACACCAUCCCCAUGGCCAUGAUUUCUAUGACCAUGGACCCUGUGCCCCACCACCCCAUAGCCAAGGUCCCCAAGACCACCAUCGCCGAGGCCAUGGCCCACCACCUAGGCACUCAGAAGAAAGAGGUCCAGCGUCUUUUCUCUACUAGUACUUAUGCUGAGGUUGGGCCUACCAAGAAGGAAUGUAUUCUCACUUAA